AGCACAAUAGUCCUAAACGGGAGGCCUGAGUGGGAGGCGGGGCCUGCCCUGCCCCUCUGCCUGCUCCACACUGCGGCGGGCAGAGCUGUUAGCUACAGAAAUGGCGGAGGGGGAGUUGGACGUCGACUCGCUGAUUUCCAGGCUCUUGGAGGUGCGAGGAUGUCGUCCAGGGAAGAUCGUCCAGAUGUCGGAGGCCGAGGUGCGCGGCUUGUGCAUCAAGUCUCGGGAGAUCUUCCUCAGUCAGCCCAUCCUGCUGGAGCUGGAGGCUCCGCUCAAAAUCUGUGGUGAUAUCCACGGACAGUACACAGACCUGCUCCGGCUCUUUGAGUACGGCGGCUUCCCUCCAGAGGCCAACUACCUGUUCCUGGGAGACUACGUGGACAGAGGGAAGCAGUCUCUGGAGACCAUCUGCCUGCUGCUCGCCUACAAGAUCAAAUACCCCGAGAACUUCUUCCUGCUCAGAGGCAACCACGAGUGCGCCUCCAUCAACCGCAUCUACGGAUUCUACGACGAGUGUAAACGCAGAUUCAACAUCAAGCUGUGGAAGACGUUCACCGACUGCUUCAACUGCCUGCCCAUCGCCGCCAUCGUGGACGAGAAGAUCUUCUGCUGUCACGGAGGUCUCUCUCCAGACCUGCAGUCCAUGGAGCAGAUCAGACGCAUCAUGAGACCCACAGACGUGCCCGACACAGGCCUCCUGUGUGAUCUGCUGUGGUCGGACCCCGAUAAGGACGUCCAGGGCUGGGGGGAAAACGACCGCGGCGUCUCCUUCACGUUCGGAGCUGAUGUGGUCAGCAAGUUCCUGAACCGCCACGACCUGGACCUCAUCUGCAGAGCCCACCAGGUGGUAGAAGACGGUUAUGAGUUCUUCGCCAAGCGGCAGCUGGUGACUCUGUUCUCGGCUCCCAACUACUGCGGAGAGUUCGACAACGCCGGCGGCAUGAUGAGCGUGGACGAAACCCUGAUGUGCUCCUUCCAGAUCCUAAAGCCAUCUGAGAAGAAAGCCAAGUACCAGUAUGGAGGGAUGAACUCGGGUCGGCCCAUCACUCCUCCUCGCACAGCCCAACCUCCAAAGAAACGAUGAAGAAGAGAGGGAGGAAGAGACGCAGAGAACGAGAGAGAGACAUGAAUGUCAAAGAUUGUCUCCUGUUGGCUUUCCACAACACAAAAGAAGUCAAAGCAACACUUGGCAGAGGGAAACCGAACACAACUAUUUCAAAAGAGACCCCACUGUCUUUCAUCUUCAUUUCUUCCUGACCCCCUCUGAGCUGCUGUCACUCUCUUCUUCUUCCUCAAAGCUUUUUCUUCUCAUCUGCGUAACAUUUUUUAAAACAAGUGUUUAAAAGGAAAAACAAUACAGGGGUUUCAUUCAGUAGCAUAUCGGAGUGUUUUUGACUUUUGCUUUUUUCCCCUUCUUGACAACAGAAUGACAACUAGUUUAGUUUACCACAUCUCCUUUACCCCCCCUGUACAGACACAACAGGUAUUAAUGACGACUGCUGGGUUUUCAAUAAAUAAUACAGGAAAAUGAACACUUCUCAAUGUUCUGUGUGGUUAUUCCAGUUAAAUCACUUCUCCAGGGAGCUCAUUUGAAAACUGAAACGUGACACAUGAAAUGCAAAUAGCACAAGGAAGCAAAGAAGAUACAUCUUUUUUUGCCAAGUAAAUCUGUGGCAGCUGUACAAAUCCAGAUCAUUUUAUUCAGGCUAAUGGUUGAUUUUGGAUUAUUUUAAUUGGCAACAAAAAAUUACUUUGACUACACUUAACUUUAAAUGUACUUUUGUGCCCAAAUGUCUGAUAUUGCUAUUGGUGCAUCUCUAUUUUACAGAAGGUACAGGUAUUGUGAUGAUUUCUCAAUUUACAUGUGCAAAUCAAAAAUAAUAAAUAUUGACAUGUUUGUCUAUUAA